GGAUCAUUGGUGAUGGUAUGAUUCUGGGUCAAAGUCAGCAAUAUGAAACGUAUGCAAAAGUAAGCAGCUUUGUCUACAAUGCUUGGGCUUGAUCCAAUUUUUUGCUGGGUAUCUAUUCUGGGCUAUGUUCAUUUUAAACCCAAUUUAGACCUCCAUUAGCAGAGACUAACAGGUCAACCAGAUUAUCUUCUUGCUCUUUUUAGGACCGGUAGUUACUACUAAUACUAUCUAUGGUGUAAGACCGACAAGUAAGGAACUAAAUUUAUUAAAGAAAGCUUUAAGGUGGCUUCGUUAAACCCAAUACAGAGGUAGCUAGAAGCUUCCAUCAUGUUUCAUGCGGCUGUACUUUUUCAACACUAACAAUCCCUCUACACUGCGUACUUAACCUCAUCGCCUCCCUCAACAAAACAUAACCAAAUACCAAACUUUCUUAGUCCCCUCUUUCUUGAUUCUUUGAUUCCCGAUUCUUGAUUCUCUUUCUUUCCAAUGGCAUCGCCACAAAUUGAUAAUAAUGAUGAAGUUGCCAAAGAGUUCAGAUUCUUCAAAGUGUACAAAGAUGGAAGAAUCGACAUGUUCCUCAAAAAUUGGGAAACCAUACCACCAUCUGAUGACCCUGUGACAGGUGUCCAAUCCAAAGAUGUUGCCAUCUCUAAACAACCACCAGUCUCUGCUCGUAUUUUCUUGCCUAAACUCCAAAACCUUAACAAUAAUAAUAACAAACUCCCUGUCUUGUUUUACAUACAUGGGGGUGGUUUUUCCAUGUUGUCUGCCUUUUCACCUCAUUACCAUAAUUACUGCAGUUCUCUAGCUGCUGAGGCUAGUGUUAUUGUUGUUUCUGUUGAGUAUGGUCUCUUCCCGACCCGACCGAUACCCGCAUGCUACGAUGACUCGUGGGUGGGGCUCCAAUGGGUAGCGUCUCAUGUUCAUGGAAAUGGACCUGAAAAGUGGUUGAAUGAUCAUGCUGAUUUUGAGAAAGUUUUUAUUGGCGGGGAUAGCGCUGGAGGUAAUAUAACACAUACUUUGGCUUUUCGGGUCGGGACAAUCGGGUUACCCAAUGGAGUUAAGGUGGUUGGGGCGUUUUUAGUGCAUCCAUAUUUUGGGGGAAGUGAAGAUGAUGAGAUGUGGAUGUAUAUGUGUCCAGACAAUAAAGGGUUGGAUGAUCCUAGAAUGAACCCACCUGUAGAGGAUAUUGCCAAGCUCGGUUGUGAGAAAGUGCUGGUUUUUGUGGCAGAAAAAGAUCAUUUGAAUGGUCCGGGCAAGAACUAUUUUGACAAGUUGAAGAAGAGUGGAUGGAAAGGAAGUUUUGAAUUUGUGGAGAAUGAAAAGGAUGAACAUUGUUUUCAUUUGCGUAAUCCUGACUAUGAGACAGCUGUGGAGAUGAAGAGGAAAAUUGUUUCGUUUCUAAAACAAGAAUAAUUUGGUUCUAUUUUAUGAGGGCAUGUAACCUUGAUAAUAAAAGAUUCAGUGAAUAAAACAUGUUUUCAAUUAUCGUGA